AUGGUGGCAGCCCACGGGUAUCCGGCGUACCGCUGCUUCAAGGCCAUGCAGCGACGGCGAGUCGAUCUACACGAGCUCCUCUUCUUCUGCCAGUUCUGGUCCGUGCUACCCCCGCCGCGCGCCUUCCCCUCGUGCUGCCCCCGCCGCGCCUUCCCCUCGUACUGCGCCGCGCCUCCUCCUCGUGCUGCCCCCACACCUUCCCCGCGCGCUGCACCUCACGCUUCCCUCGUUCCCUCCACCCCCGUCGUCCAUCCCCACGCUUCAUCGCCCACCUGCACCUCCCCAUGCUGGGAAAUGUUGGUGCCCGUCUGCACUCGUGGUUCCUUAGAGUCGCCCACGCCGUCACCACCCCGUCCUCCCUCGCCCGUUAUCCCAGGUCUAUCCUGCCACCAUAUUCCAUUCCAUUCCUAUGCCACUAUUCACCGCCCCUCCCCAUCACCCCUCCCCAUCGCCCCUUCCCACCGCCCCUCCCCCACCGCCCCUCCCCCACCGCCCCUCCCCCACCGCAGGGUGCUACUAUCGCUGCUGGCGCUUCUCGAGGGCCUCGCCUCGCCGCUGCUGGACUGGGUACCGCUGUACCUGGAGGCCAAGCUUGCCUUCAUCGUCUACCUCUGGCACCCGCGCACACAGGGAACGGAAAUUGUGUAUGGGUCGAUGCUGCAACCUCUGCUCUCCCGCCACGAGCCAAUCAUCGACCGCCACUUGGCACACCUGGAGGAUCGGGGGAGGGACAUGGCUGUGGAUUGCUGGCGUGCUGGCGUGGCCUACACUGGUGCUCGCUUCGAGGAGCUCAUUGCUUACCUGGCGUCCCUGUCAGCACAGGCUGCUGCGUCAGCAGCAAUGCGCGGGUUGGAGGGGAGUGAAAGGCGGGAGGAAAGGGAGAGGAGGGAGAGACAAGUUGAGGUUCUGAGGAGUGAGAAGGGGGAUGGAGCAGAGAGGAGGAAGGUGGGGGAUGAGCAGCAGGAGGAGGUGAGGGGAAGGAGGAAGUACCUGCAGAAGUACGGAGGGGAGGCAGUGCAGCUGAGGUCAGUAGCGGGUGACGGGGGAGUGCAGAGGCCGGGGUAUGAGAGACGGCUUCUGGGGGACGAGGCUGAGGGCGAUGGGCAGAGGGCAGAGGUGGAGGAGCAGAGGGUGCAGCAAGGGAGCGUGCAGAGGCAGGCAGUGCGGUACAGAAAUGUAGACUCGGAUUCGGAUGGGGACGGUGGGGAGAGCGAUGGGGCGAGUGGUGGGAGUGGAGCGAGCAGUGAGUUCGAGAUGGUGGACGCUGAGAGGGAGUUCAGCACGGGCUCAGCAGCAGAUGAGCGUGCAGCUGCUGGCACUGCUGCCAGUGCAGGCGGUGCUGGCAGUGGUGGGACAGGGCGAGGUGGGGGCAGUGGGUGGUGGGGGAGCAAGCAGCUGACAGCAGGCCUUGCGGGUCUGGGCAGAGCGUUGAGCCCCUCCAACAGCCAGGCAAGGCAGGCAGCAGCAGCACCACCUGCCAUGCUGCACGGCGCUCUGCCUCCGGCUGCACUGCUGCCAGCUGGGGUUGCAAGUGGGCUUGAUGACGUGGCACCAGACCAAGUGGAUGACGUGGCAGCAGCCACGAUGGUGGGGGGGGCUUCGCCUCAUCCGAGUGGGAUCAACCUGCGCCCGCGGUGGUCGCAGCAGCCGAAGAAGAAGUUCUAG